AUGGCCAAGUCAAAAGGCCAGAGCCUGCACUUGCCAGACGAUGCCGUUCUGAGCACUAUGAUUCAGGAUUCGCUUCGGAAGUCUGCUUCGGAUACGACAGCAACUGCUGCAGAUGGUCAUAAUGUUGAUGGCUGGACGAAAGAGGACAUUCAAACUUACAACGAAUUGCUCCAAGAAAGAGCCAAACUUGAGAAAGAGAAAAACGAUUUAGAGAAGAAAUCUUCCAGGCAACAGGCACAGCGAGCUCUUCUCGACGAAAACGCCCUGGCUCUAGACACCCUCUUCGUGGGCCACGCAGGGGGAAUCCAAAAAUUCAUUGGGCCACAUUCAUGCUGCUUGGACGAAAACCCCAAAACAGCUCGUCAUGAGGCAUCCGGUAACGCAUGCCCCUCUGGACAUGAGAUCUGCAGACGAGCAAAGACAAAAGGCAUAUCUUCGCUGGAGUUAGACACAAUCAAGUAUUACCAGAGCAGAAUCAGGUCGGAGCGGUCGGAGAGAAUGCAGAAGGCUUUGCGGAAACAAAGGGAUGUCGAGCUUAUUCGUGUUAAAAAGGAUGAUGGUGGCCAGACCCUGAAAGAACGAAAGAACAUGCUUCAUGAUAGAAGCCUGCGAAACACCAACAGGAGCCCGGCUGAACAGAUCGAUGCUGUCAGGUCAUCUUCACUCUCCGAUAUUCUUGCCCCAAAAGACAUUUUUUCCGACCCCAAGAAAAACGCCAUUCUAGAGGCUGCACGCGAGAACGAAUCCAUUGUCCGACAAAUACGGGAAAGACUGGAUAAAAUUCGACACGAUGUAAAUGCCGGCAAAGUCUCGCCCUCCAAUGCACGCGCAAAACUCGACCAGGCUAACUCGGAAAUGGCAGACGCUGAGAAAAAGAACAAUGAAUUUCGCAAACUGAUUCUUGACGUCGACCCUGCCAUCCCACACCUCCACCAAUCUCAUCAUACAAAUCUUUCCACUCUCCUCCAGAACACGAUGCAAUCUGCGAGUUCAGAUGCCUUCUCACAAGCUUUGAGCGCGAUGAAGGGAUUUUUCAGUGCCUCUGAUCCCAACGAUGUGCAAACAGCAAUGACUGAACUUCGAAGCGUACUCGAGAUCAACGGCCCCAUGACUCCGGUGCUCCAGAAAUCCUUUGGUGCUCUAGAAGAGAUGCUAUCGAAACCAGAGGCCAAGAGCUUCGCACUUGAUCUCAAAACCGAUCUUGGCAAGAUUGACACUUGUAGCAACGUUGUUGAUGUCAUGCUGAACCUCAGGUCCAAGAUGGAAGCAUCUGAUCUCUCUUCGGCGGCCGUCGAUCCGACAUUGAAUCUUGACCAAGAUACCAUUAAAGCAAAUCUCGAAUGUGUUAAGGUUGAAGAUGCUGCAAAAAAAGAGAUGAUGAAGACGAUGCAACGGAUGGCCAAUGAAAGUCCCGAAAGUAUCUCGGCAGCGCUGAAGAAGAUUAAAGGAAAAGCUGUUCUCAAGUCCCCUAUACCGCCUCUGUCAGAUAUCAUACUUGAUGAUAUCAUCAAUGGACUGUUGUUCCAUCGCAUGGUUUCUGCUUUCGUGACCCAAACUGCGGCUAUUACUUCUGUCAAUGAGCUCUCUGGGAAAAUAACCUCAUUAGUCAUUGCAACAGCUCGCAACAGACCCGAAAAAUAUUUGUCGACCUUGGAUGUAUUCAAGAAGUCAGUCCACAAUAUCUUGAAAAACGACCACCCGGAAACGUUGAUGCAUGCAAUUUCCAAGGUUGAAGUGUCUAUGAAAAAGUUCGUUGCUGCGCACGAUGCAAAGCGGAAGAAGAACAUGGUCGAAAAUGCCUCCAUGCCAUCAUCGACUUCCAAUUCAAUUGCCUCUCACUCAAUGCUCGAGGUUGGAUUCUUACUCUCAGGGACUCGCCUGAGCAAAGAUAGCUGGGAAGCUUUUGAGGCAUUCUUCAACCAACCCAACUCGAAAGAUCGAAAUGAGCUGCGAAAUCAUGUCUUGGACUACGUCUACAAUCACGUUGAAGAAGGUAUCUGGGAUGUUUUUAGAGUCGUGACGGCUCGUCUCAUCUCCCAAAAGUUUCGCCCUGGGCCAUGGAACGAGGCCAAAAAGCUCUGUCUUGCGAACAUGCGAGUUGCUGCUACUACGCCAAAGGAAGAUCUGGAAGAUACAAUUGUACGUUACAAGCACAUAGGCACCUGUCCUGGUAUGGCAGCCAUUAUCAUCGCUCAGCGUCUCUGCUACUUGAUGCGCGCUGAUCCAGAAAGAUACGGAAAUGGAAUGAUCGACCUAGGAUCCUCCGCCACGCUUCGAGCCGCAGCUGAAAGGGAUCAUUGGAUUGCCUGUUUCAGAGCCCUGAUGGAAGCCAUGAUCGGUCUUUACAGCGUUAUGUAUCAUCGAAUUGCGGUUGACGAUGACCUAGCAGCCGUGAUCGUCUCGAUCGACGUUGUUGGUCUUGUAAUGACGUUCGUGUUCGAUGUAGAGGACAGUGCUCAAGCCUUAUUCAACCUUGGUGUGCUUGAAGCAUUCAUUACUCGAACUCUCGUUGACGACAGCGACCCUCAAGCGGUGGGGGGCUUGAAGAGUGUGUUGAGCAGAUUUGAGCGCAUGUGUCAAAAGCCUCACUACCGAUGCUCGCCAUCACAUGCCUGCAGGGGGCGGGUGAACGGGUUGAAUGCACGGAAUAUGAAGCCGAUACCCAAACCGUUGCCACGAUUUGGAAAGGAGAACCAAAUGAUGCGCCUGGGCACAAUGGAUGAGAUUCAUUCGGUGACUGGAACCUCGAAUCAGGAUUUCCCGCGUGGCAUCAAGCUUUCCUUACUUGUUGACAGCGACUGGGACAUUGCACGGAAACUUCUCCCGCACUUGAAAUGCAUAGACAGGCGGGACGUUGAUUGGAAAUGUGAAUGCCCAAAACAAGAUCGAGACCGCGCCCUUGAGGUAGCCAGACUCAAAACCCAGCUGAAUCGGGAUUUCGCGGAGCUGAACGUUUUUCUAAAGUCUGGCAAGGCGCCUCCUAACGUUCUUUGGGAGCGCAUUGAAUCGAACGAGGUCAAAUUCCACGAUUUACCGAUUCUGUACUCCGAUCGCCCCGAGAGAGCACAUCAAGAUACCGCGAAUCUCGUUCAGAUGGUACAACAGAAGCUUGACGAAAAGAACAGGCCAACUAGGACUGUCGAUGGAUCGUCCACUUCCCCUGGACAGGCCCGAAUGGAUCAAGUAUCGGUCAACAUGCCAGACAUUCAACAGCGUGCUGUGGACAGCUCCUCCGAUCCUAUCGACCUGGAGGAGGGCUCUCCAGAGACUUCUGGCGGAAAGCAGAUAGACUCACAGGCCACCUCCAAGACCUCGACUGCCAGGUCAGCAUCCCCAACUAUUGCCUCAAGCAGCAGUGUGCCACCACCUCCAGCGCCUGUUGUGGCGGCGAAUGAACAUUCCCCAUUGGAUUUUGCUGAAGCUGAAACCGAACUCGUGUUAAAUGUGACCAGACUGAUUGAAGGGAUGCCCCUUUUGAAUACCACUAAUUCAGCACUUCCCGGCGUCCUCGACCCGAAUAUGUUCCUGGGUGUCAAAAAGCAACUAGAUACGCUGAUUCUCGGGCACCUGGAGGCGGCUUUGCAAGUCGCUGAGCUACAGGGAUACCAUGGAGCAAAGCUUUGGCUUCUGCACAAUAUUUCCUGGGGCGGCCAUCUUACCAAAUUCAAAGGCUGCGAGCCUUGCAACACAAGUAUGCGGCUGGCGCUCGAAACGGCCAUAAAAGAAAAUGGAUGGGAUCGACUAGAUAGGCCACGCCAUGAAGAGGUCGCCGAGAGAGUCGGUCUUCCGAAUGAGCGCCUGGCUACAGCGACACCUUCCGAAACGGCGUCCUCAUCGUACACCGCCGGUGGCCAACGCCGACGUCGACCAAAACGGGCUCGUUAG